AUGGGAUUAUAUUCAUACGGAAAAAGUUCGAUAUUUCUGAAAGUGCGAGCUUACACGUUAUAUUUUACUUUGUUAGUGUUGACCACAGUAUUAAUAAUAGUGAAAAUUUUGCUAGCAAAAAGCUCGAAUAACUUGGAAGCAAACCUCAUGUUCACAUAUGUCGCCGAUUGUGAUGAGUGUGUCUGGGUGUGCCGCAGAAAUUCCAUUGUUUACUUUUACGGCGUGUUGUUGGUAAAUAUUGGUUGGAAUUUCCCUGUUCUCUUUGUUAAAGGACGAAAGCUUCCGUUACGUUUGUGGUUACCAUAUGACCCCUCAUCUACCAUUGUGAACUACUACUUUACUUUUGUUUAUAUAGCUGCAGCAACUAUAUAUAAUAGUUAUUCUGGCACAAUCAUGGAUCCACUGAUUGGUGGUUUGGCGUAUCAUGCAACAGCUCAGCUAAAGGUUUUGAAAAAUAACUUAGAACAUCUUAACAAGCAUCUAGACCAUAACUUAAGCAAACGUAAUGAGCAUAUCAUAGAAUUCCGUUGUGUCCAUAAAUACUUGGAAAGUUGUAUUGACCACCACAAAAAUAUUUUGUGGUUUAUAGACGAAUACGAAGACUGUUUCUCGUGGAGCAUAUUCUGUCAGUUUGCUGGAAGUAUGUUUGCUGUAUGUUUCUGCUACAUCAGUCUAACACUUGUUCCACUAAACAGUCUAGAAGCUUUGACAUAUUUUGUGCUAGCAUUUAACCUUAGUUUUCAAAUAUUAUUUUACUGCCAUUAUGGUACACUACUAUAUGAGGAGAAUAACGAUUUAAGCAACGCGAUUUAUAUGGGACCGUGGUAUAAAUCGUGUUGA